AUGGAUCUUCACGAUGAUGACGAUGGAGAGUUGACUCUCGAUCCCGUCGGGCCCCAAGAAGGGUCUUACGUAGAAGACCAAGCCGAGGAGCAGUUCAAGAAAGAUUACAGGGAAGCACAAGAUAUGCAAAGAGAAAAGGAGCUGCGGAAGAAGAACGAGAAAAACGCCAGUGGGGACCUGAGCAAAGAGAGGACGAAGGAGAUGGAAUCACAACUGGAGGCUAAGUUCGCUGAAUUUGCCUCUCGACGAGAAGCGCACUGGGGCGCCACAACAUCCAAGGACCGGAACUUCUUGCACUACCUCGCGUACGAGAGUCUCUUGGGCGUGGCGUAUUACCCUCAAGCACUCGUCAAAGUAGCAAGCACUCGGCAACCACAUUUAAUGGGUGCUUUGGAUAGUUCAGGACGUACACCUUUGGCAGUUGCAAUUGCCGAGGAAAAUUACUAUUUUUGCUACAACGCAGUCCUGCGUCUCAACGCAACGGAGGCAACGAAUCUGGGCGAGCAAUUGAGAACCGAAUGCAGAAUAGGCUCAGGAAACCCUAACGUGGAUGGAGAGAGGACCACUUGCCUUCACGCCGCGCUCUCAGCCACGUUCUACAAGAGUCGCAAGAUCAACGCCGAGAAGUUCAUCACGAAGAUAAUCAGCCUGGUACCCAACGAAAUGUUUACCCAGACGGACAGCAGCGGCCGGACACCUCUGCACCUAGCCGUCCAGUAUGAAAAAUGCCUCCCAUCUCAGGAGAGAAUCGUUUUGAAGCUAUUGAAAGAGGGUCCUGCGGCUAUCAACUGCAAGAUCAAGGGCGCGGGUGGCUCAAGUCUCUCCAUUUUCCAGUUCCACGAGGAGAGCAAGACAUUGUGGGAGAAGAAGCUCAGAAUGCAGAUGGCAGCUAAGAAUCAAAAAAGUCUGCCUCUUGCACAACCAGAACGAGGCCAAACUAAGCGGGGAGACGACAUGGCCCCAGGCAAAGAAGAAAAGCAGGCAAAGCCCAGCAGUGAUAUGUGGAAGACGGAGUCGAAAAAGGUUGUCGAGUCGACCGCCAGAAAGGGGGAAAUGCUGCCGCCGUCGUGGUCGACUCUGAAAGACAAGCCUCUAGCUGAAAGAACGAACAAGCCUGAUGCGAAUGUCGCCGUGCGGAGGAACUCCAUCACGAGUGCCAGCACUCCGGUGACAGAGCGACGAGCAGGGGGCUCAUCUCAGAUAGGAGCGUCACCAGUCAUCAAGGCCCAGGAUUCCGUCGCGGCCCCGCCCAAAUCAGCUGAUAGACAGCUUGAGGAUCACCUCGAGGGCUUACGAGAGACAGCUGCUGCGGUUUCUGAAUUGCUGAAGCUGUUUUGUUUGAGGAACAAUGAACCGGAUAUCGCGUCUCGUUUUCUGCGGAGCCCCGAUAGCCUAGGGAAACAAGACAAGGCGCUGUGGUUCGACUUUGGACCGCCAAGAAGACUCAGUAUGAAAGACUUCACCAGAAGCAGCUUUCAGUAUCUCGAGUUUGAGUCUAUUCUUCAAUACGUGGCGUUCCCUCAUAUCCAACUUGUGACAAAGCAAGGUAAUAGUCAAGAACAGUUUCCAAUGGUAGCCUUGUUCAACUGGCUGCGGGCGGAGGGGCGUGGUGUUAAAAGGAUCAUCAGAGUCAUAGUAGAUGACCUUGAGUCUCCAUCACACACUGAUGUGGCCAUUGAGCAAUCUCUGGCGGGUUUUAAAGUGGAGGUGUUGGACUGGAGGCGAAAAGACUUGUGCCCUGCCUCCCUUGCAAAAGUCGGCGACCAUCUGAGAGAAAUCAGUCUCUACUGGAGUGGAAGCAAUCCAGUUCUUCGUGCGUGGUCUGAACCUGAUGGACUGGCUCAACUGACCAGCUUGGAGACCAUCAACAUUAUUCAGGUCAACGUUACAGAAUCAGAGGACAGGAUUAAUCAGAAUUUGGAAGACUUUGAGAAGAGGUUGUACAAAUCAUGGCUCCUUCGCGAAGGCAGAAGCAAGCCAAGGGUCCUCAUCCACCCACAAAUUCGGGGCCUUCCAGGCGAUUUGUCUCAGCCUGAGAAAGUCUUACCCGGUUUCACAAGUUCACAUGACAAGACUGUAGACUCACACAGGUGGAUUGAAUGCAUGAAGAGGUUUUCGAACGAGUUUCGUCAGAUCAAGGAGCUGAGGGAGGCUCGAAACAAGGUUGAUUCUCGUCUGGGCCCUGUCGUGGUAGCUCUCAUUGACGACGGCACUGAUAUCCAUCACCCCGACCUAGACCUGCAGAAGAAGUUUGACGGCGAGAGCUUCUAUAAAUAUAAGGAACGGUCCGGUGCCCGUAUGGCUCCUUGGUGGCACUCGGAAAGCGGACACGGAACGCUCAUGGCCCGCCUUAUCGCAGGCAUCUGCCCUUCUGCUAUUAUUCAUGUUAUCAAGCUGCAUACAUUCUGUGCUGGCGGGUCCACGAAGCUUCAGAUCGAUCCCAACAGCGCUGUUGAGGCCAUCGCACACGCAAUAAAACUCGGCGCUCACAUUAUUUCCAUGUCCUGGACGAUCAUGCCGCCUGAGGAACCAAUGAGGAAGAAGCUAUUCACCGAUGCCAUCACGUCGGCCAUAUUCAAUUCAAAGGACACGCUCAUGUUCUGCGCUGCCUCGGACCAGGGCAAGUAUCCCGACCGCACGUACCCACACGCCGUAAAACCCAACAUCUUCCGUAUCGGCGCCGCCGCCGCCACCGGCAAGAUCUCGGACACAGUCGGGGACCAGCAGAGCCUCAGUUUCAUUCUUCCCGGCCAGGACGUGGUGAUUGACAACUGGUACAACGACGUGGAAGACAAGACCCUUGCCGAGUUCGAAGCACACACGGGGUCAUCUGUGGCCACGGCACUCGCUGCCGGACUUGCGGCUUUGAUUAUCGAGUGCGUUCGGCUUGGGGUGAUCCACACAAAUAACAGCCCACAACGACAGCAGGAGGACCCGACCCUCGCAAUCAAGGCGAGCGACUUGGAGCAGAUCCGGGACCACGAGACGAUGAAGACGGCCAUGUCCUCCAUCGGGACGGAUAGCAACACGGACCAUCUGUACCUCAAGGUGUGGGAGUUGUUCGACGCUGGGAAGCUGAAGGCUGCAAAGAGGAGGCCUGAUGGUGAGCUUGAGUUCAUCUCAGGUCUGGCACGGCACUUCUUGCGCAAGGGCAUUACGUAG